AUGAUUACGAUUGAUAUUACAGGCACCGUGGGAAUUGAAGAAAAAAAUGCAUCUAUUGACUUUCUCUCUCAGAAUAUGAGAGAAAUGGUCAAGAAGAUCCAAGACCUUAGACAUUUAGGGAUCGAAAACCAUACCCUACCCUUACCAAAGAUUGUAGUCGUUGGCGAUCAAAGCGUUGGGAAAAGUUCACUCAUUGAGGGCAUGAGUGAGAUCAAAGUCCCAAGGAGUGCAGGAUGCUGUACGCGAUGCCCGCUUGAAAUAAACUUGUCCGAGAGUGACGGGCCUUGGACGUGCCGGCUUCUUCUGAUGAAGAAGUACAUGUACGAUGCGGCUGGAAGAACUCAAAGAGCUACGAACGCUCGGCCAUUAGGUCCUUGGAUUGAACAAGACCCGGAAGAGCUUUAUUUCGCGACUCUGACCGACAAGACUCUCCUCCAGGAGCACCUUAAAUGGGCUCAGCUGGCCACACUUAACCCGGGGCGCAGCCACACCGACUUCAUUCCUGGAGAAGAUCAGGAGACCGAUAGCACUUACAGUCAGGUCAAGUUCUCUCCAAAUGUAGUCCGGCUUGACAUCUCUGCACCAGGAUUUCCCAAUCUUUCCUUCUACGAUUUGCCUGGAGUGAUCAACGUUGCCGAACUCGAUGAAGAACGUUACCUAGUUGGGCUGGUAGAGAACCUCGUGAAGGAAUACAUCAAAGCACAAAACUGCAUUAUCCUUCUUGCUUUGCCCAUGACUGAUGAUGCUACCAAUUCUAGCGCUGCCCGUAUCAUCCGCGACAUCUCGGGGGCUAGGGACCGUACUGUUGGAGUUCUCACCAAACCUGAUCGUGUUGAGCUCAAGACUGGAAAUGAGUAUGAUCAGUGGCGCGAGAUACUGCGUGGUGAAAAAUUUGCAACUGGCCAUGGCUACUUCGUGGUUCAAAACAACCCUGAUCCGAGGAUUGAUCAUGCCACAGCUCGUGCAGAUGAAGGCUACUUCUUCUCAAACCCCCAUGGACAACAGAAUUGGCUGAAUACAAUGACAGAUUUGGACUCUUUGCCCAGAAUAAUCAACCAGAUCAACAUUCAAGCUCAAUAUGUCGAUCAGGCACUUGCUAAGUUGCCCAAUCCGCCGUCAGCGAACGUAUCGUACAUCUUAUGCCAGAAGCUUAAUUCUUUCAUGAAUAAUGUUCAAAUGCAUGUCGAUGGAGGUUCAGCCCAGUACCCUUUCCUGAAGCAAUGGGGUAUUAUCGCCUCUGAAUUCCAGCAGUACCUCACUGCCUCCAGACCAGGGCUGAAACUGAAUACCCCAUCCGAAUUUAUCCCUGAAAGCAAGGGGGACGCUUCUGCUUCAAGCUCAAAGGCCCAGAAGCGGAAAAAUACCCCUCAAACAAACGGUACAGGUGACCUUAAGAAAAUGAAAGUUGGAGAUCUUUCCAAUGGUUCAACACCUGAUGUGUCGGAAUUCAAAGUUCAUGGUCAUUUUGACCACUUCCCUAGGAACCCCCAUGCUGUUGAGGCACUAAAUAGAAUAAGUGUUUCUCACUGGGAGGAUCCGAUGAAAACUUUCCUUCUGGUUACAUAUAGAUUGAUGGCUGGGGUGCUAUUGAAUGAGAUGCGUUAUGUUUUUGGCCAGUAUGAGCAAACAGCCCUGUUUGAAGAGCUGAAGGUCAUCAUUAUGGGAUUCCUCGAAUCCAUCCGCAUCGAACAUUUCCAGCAGGCGGAAUCAGUUUUCAACAUUGAAUGUUUGAAGCCUUUUACAAUGGCGAAUGAUUUAUUCCGACGUGGUCAAGAGGAGGCCUAUGGAUACUUCUUCCAUAAACGAUAUGAAGCAAGGGUCUCACAGUAUACCAAGCUCAUUGACGCACAGCAGCAGCAAACCACGGGUAGAUCCUCGCGAACAGACCUAAGCAAGGUAACAGAAAAGGAACUCGGUCCUGACGAAUUUGCAAAGGAGUUGGAAAUAAUGAGUGUAAGGAUAUUAACCCAUUAUGCUCUCUUCUCAGUAUCGGGAUUGACCUAA